AUGACCCAGGACAUCGAAGAGUUCGUUCAGGCGUGCCCAGUGUGCGCCAGGGCCAAGACCACCAACCAGCCGAUGCCUGAAGAGCUCCAGCCACUUCCGGUUCCUCGCCGACCCUGGACGCACAUUGCCGUCGACUUCAUCACGGGCCUGCCGGCUUCAGGAGAGAAGACGACCAUUAUGACCAUCGUGGAUUGGUUCUCCAAAGCUGUGCAUCUGGUGGCUCUCUCCGGACUCCCCUACAUUCAGGUACAAGCUCUUGGAGCUUGGAAUUCGCCAGAGCCUCCCAAACACUCAAAGUCCGGUAUUACUGCUUUCUCCUACCUGCUCUACCACUACAAUAACGCCAGCACUGCUCUCAGUAAUAGACUCAGUACCAGCAGCAGGAUAACCAGUGGCCAUGCCCUCUACAUUAACUUCAGACUGUCAGAUUCAAACAUCAUCAUGGAUUCCAUCACUAUCUCUGCUAUAGCUGAAGCAAGUGACUACCCAAAAUUCAACUGCAACGAUUUUAAUUAUGCAAACUCUUCAAUGCUUUGCACAGAUGUGGAGUGUGUUUUACUGGCAACAUCAUUUAUAAUUAUUGCAGUUCUUGGUAUUGCUGGAAAUGGUUUGGUGAUCUGGAUUGCAGGGUUUAAGAUUAAGAAAAAGGUCAACACUGUCUGGUACCUCAGCCUUGCUGUGUCUGACUUCCUCUUUUGUACAUUCCUUUCCUUACACACUGUAGUUAUUCUUAAAAAUGAUUGGAUCUUUGGGAAAUUCAUGUGUAAGCUUGCAUUCUUCUUCUGGUUCCUUAACUGGUUCAACAGCAUCUUACUCCUUGUCAUCAUCAGUGUGGAUCGCUGUGUUAUGGUGAUGUUUCCUAUAUGGGCACGAAACAAGCGCAGCAUACGCAGGGCCUUAGUGAUUGUUCUACUAGCCUGGAUAACUGCAACAUUAAUCAGCUUGCCAGCAGCCAUUUUCUUUGAUACAUACAAAUGCAAUGUUAAACACUUCUGUGACUACUUUGGGUCGGAUAAAGAAUAUGUUGUUAUAUAUAUAUGCAUGCUUAUUUUUCUAUUUCUAAUCCCCUUACUGAUCAUCAUCAUCUGCUCUGUCCUUAUCAUCCAAAAGUUAAAAAAUAACCAAAUGCUGAGGUCUAACAGGCCAUUUAAGAUUAUGGCAACAUUGAUAGUUGCUUUUUUCAUUUGCUGGAUGCCUUAUCACCUUUUUAACUUAUUGGAAUUAAACUCUGAAUAUUCAUGGCCUGUAUAUUUAGGAGGAACUUUUGGAAUUGUUCUUGCCUGUGCCAACAGUUUUAUAAACCCUUUGCUUUUUGCUUUUAUGGGAAAGGACGUUAAGAAGAAAUGUUAUGAACUUCUGUUUAAGAUUGAGAGCACAUUUGAGGAGGAAGCCCAGAAUACAUCUAGGGGGAUGAAUAUUACAAGGGCCGGAGAUGACAACUUUUCAACAACUGUUUAA